CGAGAUUUCUUCUUUCUGUCUUUCUAUCGAAAGCUUGUCCUCGGAAACCAUCGCACAGGCGCAGGCGGGCUUCCCUGUCAGUUUCUCGCUGUCCCGAGCUUGUCGUCCCAGGCACGCGACUCGCCUUUUGCCUGCCUUGUACAUGAAUGUCUGUCCAGCUAGCGAGCUUCGACUCUCUCUUGACAACAACACAGUUUCUUCGACAGUAGCAAACACGGCUUUUUCAACCGGCCUGGACGCAGGUCCACUUCGCUUGCCUCGUUGCGACAGGCGUCAAGCCUGCCGUCCGUUUUUGGUCGCGCGACUUCCUCCUUUUUCCAGUCGUUCGCGUUCGCGCUCAUGACAUCGCCUCCCUCUCACACUCUGGCUGGGGGAAGAACUCUCUUCUCCAGCGGCGUCUGCCUGCAAACUGCGGCUCUGGCGCCAACAGCUGCUUCGAACGUUGCCGCACGCGGCGUACGUACACCUGGACCUACGCAGCGGACGGCUCUGAUUUUUUCAAGGCAGCAGACGAGAGAGGAAAGCGAGGUCCCCCAGUUCCAGCGCUUGUGCCUUCUCGUUUUUCUUUCACGUAUCUGCAGAAGUCUCUGCAUGGCCUGAGGAGAGAAAACGAAGACCGGACCCGCGUCCUUGGUCGGGCAGGCUCAGACUCUGGUGGCGGGCAGGCUCAGACUCUGGUAAAACGCUGCUCUCUGCUGCUUCCGCAACGAACAAAUCCGAUUGCUUUCUCCCGCAUUCUCUUCACUGGAAGGCAGCGAGACAUGGAUUUCUCUUGCCACUUACUUUCUGCUUCCGCAAGCCACACAAACUCCCUUUCUGAAUGCUUGCCCGUGCAGCCCCCCGUCUGCGUCGCAUUCCUUUUCAAGCUAAACCACGUGUAUAUACAGCUGCGCGAGGCAAGGACACUGUUUAGGACUCCGACGACAUGCUGAAACUCAGAAAACAACGAAACCCCACGUACACGCGUAUAUACAGAGGCGCAGAUAUAUAUAUAUAUAUAUAUAUAUUCUUGCAUGUAUACGUGUGUAUAUCGAUUCCGUUCAGCGUAUCUCGUUUCUGUAAUUUGACUGACGGAACAAGGGAGGAGAAGCGACAGGCCUCAGGAGAGAAGAAGACGCGAACGCUGAAGCCGAAGGGGAGAGAGGAGAAGUGAUUUGGUUUGUCAGAUGCGACUUGAGUUUCUCAGAAGGUACAUGCCUCUACGCAUGUGAGUGCCGUGUCUCGUCUACCGUCCUUUUCUACUCCUUUCUCAGCAUGGAUUUUUCUCCAUAUUCUUCUGCCUCGUGUUCCAGCUUCUCUUUCUCUUCUUCUGCUUCUCUGGACUGUGCCCGAGGAAGCGAGGGCAAGGACAGCUCUCUAGAGAUCUCCUCUUCGUUAAACGAAGGUCCCGACCUUUGGUCUUGCCGUCAGGAUUCUUCUCGGAGGACUCUGCCCUUCGUCUUUGCCUCGACAUCUCACACAUUCGCCGUCUCUGGCGCCUCUUCUCCUUCCUCUUCGUCUCUCUCGUGUUCGUCUCCCUCGUCGUCUCUGUCCUCUUCUUCGUUUCCCUCAUCGUCUCUGUCCUCUUCUUCGUCUCCCCCUUCUUGUCUCUCCUCUUCUUUCGCUUCUUUCUGUCCUUCUCCGAGAUGCGUGAGUGCACCGUGGUGGCCCGCGAGCCGCGAGAGGGUCCUUGCGCCGCGGCGGCGGGAAGGAGGCGCAGGUGGGCUGUCUGGGUGUCUCCUCGCCUCCAGUGGAGAGGGCGCAGGAGCCGCGGCUCUUCCGGUGCCUCUGUUCGCCUCCCAACUCCCUCACUCCGCGAAGUCUGUGGGGUCCGGCGCCUCGACGACAGUGUCUCUGUCGCCUCUGCGGUCUUCCUCGUCGCCUUCUCUGUUCUCGGAAGAUGACGCCUGCGGGUGUGCGGAGGCCGCCGCCGCGCCGCGAGCCGGCAUGCGUCGGGGCGGGGAGGAGAAAGGACCUCGCAUUUCAGAGGCCUGCCCCGAGAGCGAGGAGACAGCGCGAGUCGACGAGGAAGGCCUCCCAGGGAGUGCACGUCUUCCUCGCGUCUCCGACGGGUGCCGACGACUCUGGCGCCUCUUUCAGAAAGGAGAAUCUGCUUUGGAAGCAGAAUCCGAACGGCGCGCGUCUGUUCAGAGACUGGGAGAGACGGAGGAGCAGCGCGUCGCGCGUUCUGCGGCUGCUUGGCCCGACUCUUGGGGCGCGACUGGGGGUUCUGAAGAUCCUUCAGCGACGCGUUUCACGACCUCAUUCCUUCAGGACUCGGUUCGCCUCUUUGCAGACUUCGCCGAAACCUGGAAACUCAUCGCCCCGUCUGUGGGCUGUGCCUGCCUGUACCUCGUCGUCUCUCCUCUCCUCACGUUCUGCAACAAGCUCCUGUACCUUCCCUCUCUCUCCUCUUCCCCGGUCACUUGCACCAUGCUUCAGCAGGUCGUCGUCGUUCUCGCUGUCGGCGCAGCCAGGUGUAUGUACACUUGGGGCUGCCACCGCGCCAGCGCUGGGGAAGCCGCGGACCCGCUGCUGCGUGCAGGUGGAUGGAGAGAGGCCGCAGACGCGGAUCGAGACUCGCCGCCACUAGGUUCUCAUUCCUUCGCAAUUCUGGCCAAAGCCUUGGAGCAGGCGUCUUGCUUGGCACACGGUGAGUCCGAGCAAAAUCAAGCGGAAUCGGAGAGGACGGGUCGGCCCAACGCAAAAGGGCAUCCCCACCAUGCUUCCUUCCAGGAGCGAGAAAUGUCUUUGCCUUCGCGAGGAAGCACUGAACGACUGGACCUGACAACAUCCACGCGAGCCGGGGGAUCGGAGAACCGACGCGGGGAACGCGGCGAGAAGCUGCCAAGGGGAUUCGUCUUGGGGUCGAGCUCUCGGUCACUUGAGCAGUCGCGUUCUCCAGAAAAGCCAGUGUCGCCUCUCGCCGGCUGUCUCCGAGUCUUGGAGGGUGUCUCCGCAGCGUCUGGACCCUGCUUUCGAGCGGCGAAAAGUCAGUGGGGACAACUGGUGAAGAGGGUCUCCUCCGUCCUCGUCUUCUCCCAAGAAACGUUUCAAACACUUGCACCAGUUGCCCUGCCCUACACCCUCAUGCUCGCGUGCUCCAACAUGUGUCUGUACACCUCAUCGCUCUCGGGGUACCACGUCGCGCGGUGCUCCUCCAUUCCACUUCAGCUUUUCCUGGACGUCUUGGGAGUGGACGUCUGUCUUUCGCGUGUGUCUGAAGUCCAGAGAAAAAACGAGGAGGCCUCAGCCGCGAAGGCCGCUCUUCCUGGCUCACCGCCUGACACCCUCCAAGCCGGACCAAAACGCGUCGAAGGUGACGGCGGCUGCGCACCGGCAAAGGCCUCGCAGACGGUCUCUAGUGUGUACAAAGAAGCGCCCGACAUGCUGGUGUCUCCACCUCGUCCCCGCCACUCGGCGACGUCUCUUCCUGCUGUGGAACGACAGUUUCUGAAACUGUCUCCGCCUGCUGUUUCCCCCAGAGGGCUCACUGGACAGCGGAAAGCCGUCGCCGGCGAAGACGGAGACGGGCAUGCAGUUCGCGCGAGCGCAAGAGACCGAGAACGCACAAUCACGACAGAGACGGAGGGUCAACCGGGCCUCCGCGCCGGCUUGUUCUUUCUCCUUCUCUGUUUCAGUCCGUUCUUCUCCGAGACCUCGCGCCGCCAUGUGGCGUCGCCACGCCGCCUCCAGGCCCGGCUCCAGGAGCUCGGGGUGUCUAGGCACCGGCUAGCUGCAUGCACACUCAUUUCCGUAGGCGUCUUCUGCCUUGCGGUCGAGGGGCAGAAGCUCGCGGUCAGCGGUGCCCUGAUGGGUCUAGGAGCUUCGCUCUUUGGCGCGCUGUACAUGCAGCUCAGCAGCCACCUGCUGCGACUCGGCAGGUCCCGAGAAGCAGCGCGAACUGCCGGUUUUUGCGCCGAAGCAGAAAGGAACGAGAAACCGAGAGAACUCCCGGCAGAGACAACUGACGAGCCAGGUUGCCACAUUCUCUCCGACUCCGAAAGCGACGAGGAGUCGAGUGGGAGAACCAAGGAAGAACGACUUGACGAAAGAAGUGCAGAGUCAACGAAGGAGACAAAAGAGAAAAGUCUGUCGCACGGACAGAGGUGGGCGCGUAAGCCUUUCGUCGCUCCCGUGUGGAGAGAGAGUGUCUGUACACCGCAAGUGAAGGAUCCUCGAGAAGAACCCUCGAGGCGCCUGGCCGUGAACGACGUCUCUGCAAGACGCGAAACGACGCGCAGAAGCCUCGAAACAGAAAUGGCCAUGCACACAGCAGCUGCGGCGGCAGUUAUCCUUUUGCCUCUGAGUGUGGUGGAGCAGCUGUGUCUCUGCGCGCUCUCAGAGAGGCCGGACGCAACUUCGUUCUGGGCCUGGAGACGCCUGGGGACGCUCGCAGCGCUGCUGCUGUGUUCGGGGCUUCUGGCGGCUCUGAUGCCGUUGACGUCGUACAUCUGUUUUCGUCACCUCUCGCCUCUGUCUUGCUGCGUCGUCGGCUUCUUCAAGAACUCCGUGCAGCUCCUCGUGUGCCCUCUGCUUCGUGGAGAGACGCCCCCGACGCGCAUCGCUCGCUUUUCUGCGACGCUCUGUUUGCUCGGCUGUGGACUGUAUGCGCUCGACUCGUGUCUGACCAUGCGGCAGCGAGUCGCAAAGGGAACGCGCAAGGCCGGCGGUGGCGGCCAGUGAGGCAGUGCAGACUCGGUUUCCAGUGGCGCUGCAUCGACGCGUUUUCAAAGCCUGAAACGCCUCGAAGUCUUUGCAGCAGAAGCCGCCUGGGCUGGGGUGAGGCGACGACCACAGUGAAUAUCUUGGUGUGUGUACAGCUGUGAAGAAGCUUCGGUUUCUCAGCUCUACGCUGGAUAAGGAGAACAACCCUGUGCAGUGACUGGACUCUUUUCAAUGCUCUUUUUUUCGGAUGUUUCGAAUCGAACUUUCUGACGCACUCGCCGCGACAGACUGCGGCCAACGUCGGGAGAAACACGACCCACACUCACGCAGUGCAUUUGCCGACGUGAACGGAGCCGAGUUCAGAGCUGGGGUGUCAUAUUCGUCAACAAUGUGGAGAGGCAGAAAUGCGUCCACCACACCACACAGUCGAACCGAGCUGGACGCCAUGCGACUGCGGGAAGUCACUUCCCUCGGUACCGAUGCGGCAUCUGAUCCUCCACUCUGCGGUGUGUUCACUUUCAGAGUACACAUCUUUUAGACACGGCUGAAAAGAAUACCCUAGAGGACGGUACACUGACCAACUGGCUCUCUGCUCAGAGGUGGGCUACAGACGUACGUCGCUUCUCGGUGUCCCUCCCCAGGAUCAACGUACGCGAGUUCUCCGUGCUCAGGUUCUCCCGCUAAUCAAUCACGCUUCCUCUACCGAUUCUGGUCGUGUCUCACGUUGCGUUGAAACUGGUGCAUACACCUGACAUGCGUGUUUUCUCGUUUCUCGCGCCAUCGCGUCAAUUCUCUGACGCUCUGGCUCCUCUAUUCGCAGCGUCGGAGAAUCGCGGUAGUGCGCUCUCGCCUAGUCUUGUGUUUCUACAUUCACAUACAUCGACGGGUGUAUAGCUAAAGUUCCGUUAGUUACAUGUCGCUUCGUGGCCGGCAGAAGACUUUAUACCGUUUACACAGGAAACUCGCCUGCGUCUGA